AUGAAGACUGUCUUCUUGGUGGUGUGCAACCUCUACCUCGCCCAGGGCUUCGUUCCCUUUGGUAGCAAGGCAACCUUAAAACCAACAUAUGGCAAAGUUUCGGAUGCAUUGGAUGAGUUUGGUAAUAACUAUGAUCGAAACAGCAAGGAAACUUUGGGUAUGCUGGAAGAAAUCAAUGAGGAUUUCAAGAGACUGGUCCAGUUGAAACGACAAUCACUGCAAGUAGUUGGAACAAGCGAUAGAACAGAAGCGAUGGCCAAAGAUGCACCCAUGAACCGUACGCCCAUGUCAUACUUUGAUUCUCUCUACGGCAAGAAUGCUUCCAAGAGGAGAGACACAGUUUUGUUUGCUCAACCCGAAAAAGAAAUGAGACAAGAGCUCGCGGAAAGAACCUCCAUUAUCAAGGACGAAGAACAAUAUGCGAUUCGUGAUGGCCCUGGCACCGAGAGAGAAAAAAUUGUGGUGCUUGGAACAGGAUGGGGCGCUGUUUCGUUCCUGAAGGGUAUUGAUACUAGCCUCUAUGAUGUCACUGUGAUUUCGCCUCGGAACUAUUUCUUGUUCACUCCAAUGCUGGCUGGAGCGAGCGUAGGAACCGUCGAAUACAGAUCCAUCACAGAGCCAGUGAGAGAGAUCAAUCGCAAAGUCAACUACUUGGAGGCAACCGCGACAGAAAUUGACCCAAAAACUAAGGUUGUAACGUGCGAAUCUGUUGUCUGCGACGGAAACUCGUGUGACAUUGAAGAUUUCACCGUAGAGUAUGAUCGCUUGGUGGUGACUGUUGGUGCCCAGACGAACACAUUUGGAAUCCCAGGAGUCAGAGAGUACUGCUGUUUCCUAAAGCAGGUUGAAGAUGCCAGGCGUAUUCGCACGGCCAUUGUGAACUGUUUUGAAAGAGCCAAUCUGCCGUCACUGACCGACGAACAACGUGAGAACGACCUCACCAUUGCUGUCAUUGGAGCGGGGCCAACUGGGAUCGAAUUUGCAGCAGAAUUGCGAGAUUUUGUCGAGGAGGACGGACCAAAAUACUACCCCAACUUGUUGAAGCACGUUCGCAUCAAGGUAAUUGAAGCUGCUUCAUCUGUGCUGGCGCCAUUCGACAAGGCUCUGCAGGAAGAAGCCAUUCGAGUGAUGAAUCGUUCUGUUGAAAUCAGUGACUCGGAUGUUCGUAGUCUACUGCCGGAGCGAUUCCAGCUUGUCGAACUGAAGCUGGAUCAAUCUGUUAAGGAGGUCACCGACAAGUCCAUCAUGUUGAACUCUGGCGAGGAAAUACCGUACGGGCUCGCGGUGUGGGCUGCUGGAAAUGGACCUCUUCCAAUCACAUUGCAACUUGUGGAAGCAUUAGGCGAGGAACAGGCAGAAGAGCAAGAUGUGGCAAGAGGGCGUGUGGCUAUCGACCCGUGGAUGCGUGCUGCUGGUGGCAAUGGCGAUAUCCUGGCGUUCGGCGACUGCACUUGCAUCACUCGCGGUCAGCUGCCUGCAACGGCGCAAGUUGCAGCCCAGCAAGGUGAAUACUUGGCCAACAUGUUAAACAAGCAGUACGAUUUGAAGCGAGCAAGGUUGACGGAGUGGUGCCACCCCCAAUGA